UUGCGGAUAGUUAUUGAAGAUGGCCUAGUCUCCUGCGAUGAAUUACGGCCACAAUGCAUCAAUUGCAUGAACCACUCGGUCAUUUGUGAAUACUCUCCGUCAACCAGUCUGGACAUGCAACCGUUAUCGGCAAGAGCCUCCCAGUCUAGUUUAUCAGCAAAGUCGGAGCGUCUCAUCAACUGGAUUUUCGUCCCAUCUGAGUAUCAAAGCACAUCGAGACGGCCAAUUCCGGACUCUAUUACCAAAUCAGCUAGCUGGACUUCGACUGGCGCUCAAUCUUCCCCAUCUCCGUCAUUCAAUCUGCCAUCUCCCUCGCCAUCCUCUUCUCAACCCACUCCCACCCCUACAACAUUUGACUUUUACGACUUCACUCUUCACCACCACUACCUAACCUCAACCUGCUACACUCUCGCCGAAGAUGACGGCAGUCUUCACUUCUGGCGUGAUGAAGCCCCCAAGUUGGCAAUCACGCAUCCCUUUAUCCUGCAUCUUAUCCUGGCUUUAGCUGGCCUUCACAAAGCCAGAAUCAACUCCGACCAUGCACUUUCACAUCGUGAAGAAAAUGGUUCGCUGCUCGUAAACAGAGCAGACCAUCACUCUGCCAUAGGGCUAAGUGAACUAUUGUCUCGUGUUGGUCAUAUCCAACCCGACAAUAUUCAGGCGGUGUGGGUGGGGGCCACCAUUUUGUGUUUUUUGCCUAUGGCUCGGGGUCCGCGACCGGGUGACUAUUUGUUCUUUUCAGUUGGUACUGAUCAUGAAAGCAUGGCCGAAUGGCCUUCAUUGGUGCGAGGAGUGAAAACACUUUCGGGGAUUUCUGGUGAUAUCAAGCCUCGGGGGAAAAAGAAUACCCCAUCUCCAGUCAAUGAAGGAGGCAAGGCGUUGGGAAUGGACUACCGGGGAUCUUUAGAGGCCUUGCGGGAGCGGAUUCUUCUGCCUGGCCAAGGACGGGAAGAAGUGAAUGGUCGAGAUCUGAGGGACUGUUAUUUUAAUGCGAUUGACAUGUUGGAGCGGAUGCUCGAUGAGAUGUGUGGGGAAAGGCAAGAUGAGGGCGAGUGUAACAUUGGCAGGUUAGCGAUGAUCAUCUACGAUUGGAUAUGUUGCUUCGAGGAUGGACUGGAUGCCUUUCAGAGAAAGGAGCCGGUGGCAUUGAUACUGCUGUCUUAUUUCUUGGUUCUUAUGAAAUUGCAUGAUGGGGUGUGGUUUGCUCGGGGAUGGGCGGAGCAUAUCAUGGGGGGUAUUGAGGAGGGCUUGGAUCAAGAUGAUCGUCGGUGGCUACAUUGGCCGAUGGAGGAGAUUGGAAUGCACAAUGGUGCAGGUAGCAAAGCCGGCACCAUCAUCGCCCCAUCCAACCCAAUUAACAAUUUUUCAUUUCGCAUGGUUGAACUGGUCCACCCAUGUAGCAACUCAAUCGUCCGAUAUACACUCCGAAUGUAUAUCAAGAGGACCGAAAACACCAUUGCCGAAAACAAACCGAUCACUAUCGGCAUGUGCGCGUUACCCCGGCGGUAUGGUACUUCGCGGCAGAAUACGCGCCAGGCAAAAUCAGCGCCAAGGGCAACGAAGACUGUUAUAGCCACGAGCUGGAAGAUGAUGCCGCCGACCAUGAUGUGGGUUCCGGUUGAUUGGGAGUUGGAGGAGGAGGAGGUCUCUCUGGUGCUCAACGAGCUGGUGCUGGAGGAUGAGUCCCCACCACCUCCUCCUGAUGAAGCCAUACCUCCUCCUGCUGCCUGGACAACCAAAGAGAUUAUAUCGCAGGUGCAGAAGAUCCAGAGGUGUGCCCCAGUACUAGCAAUGGGAUAUCCCACCUAUGAUGAGGGUAGCUCUGGGGUGGUCAAGAUACCCAAGCAUCCUAGCGAGAAUACGGAACACCACCAGGUACGAAACCACACCAUUUGGACAGCAUGGCCUAGCAUCGAAGCGCCAAAGAGAGCUACAAAGGUAGAGGCUGCUGCGAGCGAGGGCACAUAG